AGCAGCAGCAUCCUCCUCCUCCUGACUCUAGCUGCUGGGUGUGAUGGAGUAAUGUUGCAGCUGCAGUAACAGUAACAGCAGAGCAGCAGCAGCAUCCUCCUCCUCCUGACUCUAGCUGCUGGGUGUGAUGGAGUAACGUUGCAGCUGCAGUAACAGUAACAGCAGCAGCAGCAGCAGCAGCAGCAUCCUCCUCCUCCUGACUCUAGCUGCUGGGUGUGAUGGAGUAACGCUGCAGUAACAGUAACUGUAGUAACAGCAGCAUCCUCCUCCUCCUGACUCUAGCUGCUGGGUGUGAUGGAGUAACGCUGCAGUAACAGUAACUGUAGUAACAGCAGCAUCCUCCUCCUCCUGACUCUAGCUGCUGGGUGUGAUGGAGUAACGCUGCAGUAACAGUAACUGUAGUAACAGCAGCAUCCUCCUCCUCCUGACUCUAGCUGCUGGGUGUGAUGGAGUAACGCUGCAGUAACAGUAACUGUAGUAACAGCAGCAUCCUCCUCCUCCUGACUCUAGCUGCUGGGUGUGAUGGAGUAACGCUGCAGUAACAGUAACUGUAGUAACAGCAGCAUCCUCCUCCUCCUGACUCUAGCUGCUGGGUGUGAUGGAGUAACGCUGCAGUAACAGUAACUGUAGUAACAGCAGCAUCCUCCUCCUCCUGACUCUAGCUGCUGGGUGUGAUGGAGUAACGCUGCAGUAACAGUAACUGUAGUAACAGCAGCAUCCUCCUCCUCCUGACUCUAGCUGCUGGGUGUGAUGGAGUAACGCUGCAGUAACAGUAACUGUAGUAACAGCAGCAUCCUCCUCCUCCUGACUCUAGCUGCUGGGUGUGAUGGAGUAACGCUGCAGUAACAGUAACUGUAGUAACAGCAGCAUCCUCCUCCUCCUGACUCUAGCUGCUGGGUGUGAUGGAGUAACGCUGCAGUAACAGUAACUGUAGUAACAGCAGCAUCCUCCUCCUCCUGACUCUAGCUGCUGGGUGUGAUGGAGUAACGCUGCAGUAACAGUAACUGUAGUAACAGCAGCAUCCUCCUCCUCCUGACUCUAGCUGCUGGGUGUGAUGGAGUAACGCUGCAGUAACAGUAACUGUAGUAACAGCAGCAUCCUCCUCCUCCUGACUCUAGCUGCUGGGUGUGAUGGAGUAACGCUGCAGACUGAAUCUCACUGAAUGUUUCACAUUCAAACAGAAACUGGUUCCGUCGCAGGAGAACAGUAAGAGUCCAGAAGCAGAGAGGAGAUCACCGUCGUUGUUGCUGCUGAGCUCGCUGCACAGAACAGGUAAACACCAGGUAAACACCAGUCCAGAAUGGAGCCAUCAGAGCAGUCAGGCCCAGACUCCGGCUCUCAGGAUGUCAACCCUGUCUUUCUGCAGCAGCUCAGAGAGCUGGACAUCCCAGAGGAGGCAGCCAAACAGGCACUUCUUCACACUCGGAACGUGUCUGCCGAGGAGGCGGCAAUGUACUACUUCAACAAGCUGGAGAAUGAGGAGGAGGGAGACGAUGACCUCAUGUUCAAGAUGGUGUUUGUGGUGAACAUGGACCUCGCCAUGGGGGUUGGAAAGGUGGCGGCUCAGGUUGGUCACGCUGCUGUGGGUUUGUACCAGGCUCUACAGGAGAAGAACAGCUGGAGGGAGAUGGCCUGGAAGUGGGACCACAGUGGAGCCAAGAAGGUGGUGGUCCAGGGCACCAACGUGGCUCAUCUACUGGAGCUGCAGGCCCUGGCCAUGAGCCUCAGCCUGCCCACGUACCUGGUCCAGGAUGCUGGACUCACCCAGUUGGAGUCCGGGUCCCGCACCGUCCUGGCCAUCAUGGGCGAGGAGGAGAUGGUGAACAACGUCACCGGGAGUCUGAAGCUGCUCUGAGGGGCUCAACCCCACUGUGGGGGGGAGGCAUUGCUCUGCAGUGCCACAGUGCAUCCAGCAGAGGGCAGCAUUUCCCAGCGGCGGGGAGAGUCUUGGCAUGCAAGCGUGUAACAACCUUUAAAAAAAGACCUAAAGAGCAAAGGAAAACAAGACAUGUCCCAACACCAGAAAACAAACACCCUCAGCCAUUUGUUUCCCUUUCAUUCUUUGUCUGAGCCGCUUAGUCGGCCGUUAGGAGAGCAGGAGGGGGGGAGACCGGUUGUUCACAGAGGAGUGAGGAGAAGGCAGUUUAAUUUUCUUUUUCUGGUGACCUUUCUCUUUUUCAAACAGGCCGCCUACUUAGAGUCUUAAGAUUACUUCAUCAGUUUACACACACGUCUAGUCUGUUGUCCAGUUUCUGAUAUGGCAAAGUAAAAUCAAGUAUUUCUGGUGGUUGACCAAUAUUGUAGUUAUGCUUAUUCAAGGGGCAGUGUACUGUAGGCUAAUACAUAAUGUAAUUAUAAUUAUACCCAUAGCAGAUGUAGUAUUCCCUCGUUGGAUUCACUACUCCUGAGUGAAGGGUUAUUAACUGAUAAUAUUGUGAACACUCAUUUUUGACGUUUAAAUGUGUCUGUAUGCAACUAUUCUCCCAAAGAUCCCUCUCCUUUAGAAUCAAUAACAUUACUCAUUAUUGAUAAAUGGCUAUAUUUUGUAUACAUAUGCCUGUUGGGGGCCAUAUACUGUAUAAUCUGUGGUGUGCCAUCCUAAACAGUAUGCACAGUUACUGGACUUUGUUAUAUUGUUUUGGUUUUUUUUCUUUGUGCAAAAGGGAGAAAAUUAUAAUUUCUAGAUUUAUUGUUAGAAUUUGAAGGGUGAGAAGUUGUGUGGAGCCAAAAUGUGGUGUAGUGAAGGUCUGCUGGGCCUGACGGUAUGCACUCUGACUGCCUGCGGAGGAGAGUUUACACUAAUGAAGUUAAUUUACAGCCUGACACAACGUGUGUGUACGACAGUUAUUACGGACUUCUGGUGAACAGUCUCGCACACUAAUAAUCUUAAUACACACAGAAUGAUGUGUGAGCUGUUGUGUGUCUCACUAACCAAUAUCUGUUGGCAUGAGCUGCCACUCCCACGACUCUUAGCUUAAUGUCAAAGAUUUUAUUUGUAACGGAAAUCUUUAAAAAUAAAAAAGGCAGCGGCAUGCAUGCAAUAUGAAAUGUACAUUUUGAAGAAUCCCAAAGUUCUGUCAAUUUUAGUAACAUGUCCACACUUUGAUACCUCCUAUGUUCUAUACAGUCAUUUGUGUGAGUGCUUCAAGACUAUGGAGACCAUUAAAAUGCCUCCAGAUUACAAGCA